AUGAAGUUUGCGGCGACAGCGGCGGCGAUGGGAAACGGAAGAGCUCGGGUCGGGCUUCUACACCUUUCAACCACUUUUUCUGACCCGAUUGAAACUCCAGCCUUGCUCCUGACUACCCGGAAAGGCCUCCCCUUAUUCAUCCCACCGGACUUACUCCCUUCUCUCCCUUCUCCUCACUCUCACCUCCUCCAAUUCAGCCCACUCCACUUCUUAGAGGGUAUUUCACCCAAAACGAUUUCUGAUGUUGGCGGAUUGCAUCAGAUGAUUGGUCUGCACCAACACAUUUUUGUGGCUGUUCCGCGAGACUCUAUCACAUCCAUUCCGGAACAUCAAAGCACCAAUAAGACUGGCCCGUCUUUUCACACUCCUGGUGGUCGCCUUCUGAUAAAACCUGCUGACUACAUGCAACUUGUCUCUUCGAUGAAGCCGGACUUAUUUGUCUCCUUGGCUGAUGAAGUGCCUGCUUGGGUUUCCACUAAGCGGAACACAGCCUCUGUUGACCGUACUUUGAGGUGGCUCGACGAUUGCAUUUCAUAUAACAAGACAGGAGUAACAGUUUUUGGAUCCAUUGUGGGAGGCUCCAGGGUCGAAGAACGGCAAAGGUGUGCACAAGAAGUUGUGAAGCGAAAUGUUUCAGGAUACUUUAUUGGUGGGUUUGGGCUCGGAGAAAGCAUGGACGAGCGUUCAGAUCUUCUUGCGGCUAUUAUGGAUAAUUUACCGGAGGACAAGCCUCGGCAGGUCUCUGGACUUGAACUUCCAGAGGAGGUACUGCAGGGAGUUGCUGCCGGCGUUGAUUUAUUUGACUCUACGUACAUUUAUCACCUUACCAUCGGCGGAUUUGCACUUACCCUCCCUCUGGAGACAAGAGCUGGAGAAUUCCCUGAUAACGAGCUAAGUGACUCGGGAGGGAGUGUUCAUGCAAAUAUCAAUCUCAAAUCAACCAUUUAUAGGAAAGAUACAUCACCAAUAAUUGAAAGCUGCGAGUGUUAUACGUGCCAGAACCAUACAAAAGCAUAUUUGAAUCACUUAUUCAACGUACAUGAGAUGUUGGCCCAAACUCUAUUAGAGAUACACAAUACUCACCACUACCUAGGAUUCUUCCGCUCUAUUAGAGAAGCCAUCAAGGAAGGGAGAUUUGAGCAAUUCCGGAGGAACUUUAUUGGAGGUAGACGCGACAAUAUAUUUAUUUCGGCUCCAUCAGAUGGGACUCAAUUCAACUCAUGUGCUUGA